CGCGUGCGGCGGGCGCUCGUGAUCCGCUCUUUCAAAACAAUUAAUUAACUAAUGUGCCUUAUUUGUACAAAGUAACUUAAACAAUGUGAUUCAGACAUAAUGCCAAACGUGGAUAUGGGUGAACUAAAAAGGGAGUGGCAUUCUCGUAAACACGAAUGCAAAACGUACUUUCAACUUAGGUGUUUUUUAGCAUGCUUUUCUCUACUUCUAAAAUGUGUUAUAUCUCAAGAAUGUGCCGAAAUAUACCCCGCGAGUGAAGUGUAUGUCAAAAUUGGCGAACCUGUAGAGCUUUUUUGUAUGACGAAUGGGGAUUCUCCUGCAGACUGUCUUGAAUUCAAAUGGCAAGGAAAAGUUUUGGAUUCUACAAAGGUCAAUAAAACAGCAAUUAAACUUGUUACCGUGCCGAAGCCUCUACCGGGAAAGUAUACUGUGACUUAUAGUUGUAAGUCUAAUUAUGAUAAAUGUAAAAAGAAUACUUCUAAAUGUAUAUUUGUGACCAAGCCACCUAGGAAAAUAAAAGACUUUCAGUGCAUAUCUGACAAUUUCGAGACUUUAAAUUGCUCAUGGAUUUCACCCGAUGACAUCGAAACCAAAUACGACGUAUUUUAUUCUGAUUUUAGAGGAAUGCUUCAGGGCCAAACAGAUAAUAUAGAUAAUACAACUAAAAGGAGAUAUUGUUUAUGGAGCAAUGAAACACAUCCGCCAUAUAGAUGGGAUGAGAAAAAAUUUACAAUCUUAAUUAAUUCUAGUAAUAAGUUAGGCUCUGCUACCGAAAUAAAGAAUAUAACAGACCAUUUUUCCAUUGUUAAGCCAGCUGCAGUAAAGAACUUAUCCAAAGUGAACGUAGGCCCCCAACACGUAGAGCUCCAAUGGGAAGUCCAUGACAAUUUAUUGAGAAACUAUUUCGGUGAAUAUGAAUUCAAAAUAAUCUGCGAUUUAAUAGAAAAAUCGAACGAAUCAAAACAUAUCAAAACUGUUCAAUAUUAUUCUAAUAAUUUAUCAAGUUCCAACAAGGUCGUCGCAUUCAAUCUUACUGAAUUGCCGUAUGCUCACAUGCAAUAUAAAAUACGAGUAUUUAUGAAACCAGAUCGUGCAUCGGAAAAAUUCUGGUCCAAACCUAGUGAAAUAUAUGUAAAUACUUCCAGUGUAAUACCGAGGAGGCCGCCUGACGUAGCAUCAGGGUCAUUCCAUCAAAUAAUAUUUGAUCAACACAGACUCAUUCAGAUUUACUGGAAAGAACUCGAAGAAAAUGAAGAAGCCGGAGCUAACUUCAGUUACAACAUUCUCAUUUAUGCACAUGGUAUGAUAGAAAAAUCUUAUAGAAGGACUGGAGGGUUUUUAUCAAUGAACAAUGCAACCAAAAAAGACAUCAACAUUUUAAUUUGGUCCGAGAAUGAAAUAGGUAAAUCAAUUAAUGCAAGUUUUUUGUACAUUCCAUCCACAACCACUUUGCAAGUAUCUUCACUUACGAAACAUACGUUUAAUAAUGGCACUAAUAAACUUUCGUGGAAAGGAUUGCAUAAUGUUGACAAUUAUACUGUUUUCUGGUGCCCGUAUAAGAUUAAAAACAAUUGCAGAGAUCCAAUAAAUUAUACCAUUGUAGGGAGUCAUGAAAAUAUAUUUUUUAUCACAUUACCCCGCGACACUUUAUAUCAAUUUGCCAUAUCAGCGAACUAUCGUGAAGCUACCAAUGGAAUGACAUGGAAUGUAUGCGAAACCUAUGAAGGCUCGUCCUUUCCAUACUUUGAUGUACAAUUCAAACCUUACAGUGAGUUAGCAAAAACCUCGGUAGAACUUCAUUGGUCACUUAAUUGCAUUCUAGAAAAGGGUUACUUGCACCGUUACAUCAUCGGGUACUGCCCUAAGGGUAUUCCAAGUAACGAUUGUAACGGCAAUGAAGAAUUCGCUAACAGCACUGAACAACGUAAAUUAAUACAUGGAUUAAAACCUUAUACGACUUAUGUAUUUACAAUAAAGCUAGAUACGGUCAGUGGAAUUAAGUCUAUAAAUGUAACGAAUGAUAUACUUACAUUACCAGAUACACCAACCAGUCCAAGAAAUAUUUGUAUAUCAACGGUCUUAAACGAUUCGCUACAUAUUUCUUUGGAUCCUCCAUACCCCCUAAAUGGAGACGUAAGUGACAUAAAAUAUGAAAUUUUCUUGCAUUCUCCAAAUGGAGACAUAGGUGAGAUAAAGUAUAAAAUUUUCAAUAUGACCAAGAAAUUAGAUUCGUCCAAAACUAUAUCAUAUAUCAACAUAACUGUGUUAAAUUUGAAUAGUUCUACUAAUUAUUCCUUGUCUUUACGAGCUUGCAACGUAAAAAUCAAUAGUUGUUCAAAUAACACGGAUAAUAUUUUUGUAAGGACAAGAAUUGGAAAACCAUGGCAGUUAGAAAUCCCUACGCUAAAUACCAUUGGCAGUAACAAAUUUACAUUAAAAUGGAAGGAACCUAAAAUGCGAGGUGGCAACGUCGAUUUAUAUCAAAUUAAAUUGAAAAAGGGUUCCAAUGAGAAAAUUUUUAAUAUUACAAAAAAACGUCAGCUUGAGUUUAAACCUUGUGAUGAAGGAGUAGACAAUGUUGGGUUUCAAGUGCGUGCUGUAAAUAAUGACUCGUAUCCUCACUAUGGGGCGCUAGGGGAUAGUGACAGAGUAUAUCUUCCAAAACAAAAUCAUGACGUAUUCACGUUGUUCUAUGGAGAGUGGAGUGAGGAAAGACCCGUUCUUUGUCAAAGACCAGCAGACCAUACAGUGGUGUAUCUGUUUGUAACCGUGGUACCAACUACAAUCCUACUAAGUUAUUUACUAAGGAAGCACCAACUCAGGAUGCAGGCAAAGAAAGACAUCUACCCAAUAUUCGCCCAGGGAUUGUUUCCGUCAAAUACGAUUCCGUCGCCUACCGUAAACGAAAACAAAUCUAUUCUAAAUAAAAUUUGGUUAUUAUUGUGUAAAAGAGCGCAGGUAAGAGUUAAUCAGUUAAAUCAACAAACGUCCGUAGAUAGCAACAAGCCUUUAAUGUCUCAAGAUAAUAUUCUGGAGGAACAUUUAAUAACAAAGAGCCCUAUGAUUUUUUGCAUUACAACUGAAUGUUUAAAUAGUAAUCCAAAUACUCUAGCAACAUGUGAAGAUGUCGACCUUUGCAAAAAAAAUAAUACACAACUAUUACCCGACAGUAACACGAAACCAGACAGUAUUAUUCAAAACGUAACAGAAAUUGUAUAUUCGGAAAAAAUAGAGUUACAUUUGAACGGAAAUGACACUAUUGAACCUGAAACCACGAACAAUAAAGGUACUUUAUUAAGAAAUAAAUUCCAAUUUCCCAAACCUAUAGUUAACCCAAAGACGGGUUACGUCCGAAGUUCUUUUACAAAUGCGCCUAAAAAUUUGAAAACUACAGCCAAUACCCAGACUGGUUAUGUUCAAAUUGGGAUAGUCCCAGAAGUUGCAGAACCUACCAUUUCCACAAUAUCUACUUUGUACGAGUCCAUAACAUCAUAAUAUGUAUUUUAUACCUAUUACUGUAAUCGAUAGAAACAAGUUACAAUGUCAUACCCAAAGUUCCUAAAUCGCAACUUACGUCAGGCUAUCCUUAAUUUAGUUGUACUUUUUGGAAUGUCACUUCAAAGCCACAACAACUAAUCAUUUUUGAAGAACUGUAGAGCAUUGCGCUUAUUUUAUAUAAAAUAUUAAAUUCGUUAAUCAAAUGACCCGCUUUACUUGCCAAUAUCAAUCAAUAAAAAUCGAUUUCUCAUACUAAAAUGACUACAAACAAAAUUAGUUAUAUUACACCUGUACAAAGCUGUAUAUUUUUUUAUUAUAUGCUAAGAAAUACCACACUAACACACAUCUGCAAGGAUUUUAAUAACCUCUGAAUAUGCAAUCCUUGUGUGACAACAAGAUGUCACGUAUGCAAUAGGCAAUCUUAGUGCCAUUAUUAUUACCAAAUGAUUCAUUUGAAGGCCUCGCACGACAUUGUUAAUAUUGAUAUUAAAAUAAUACUAGCAUAUUAAAUUACACAUACACAAUAGGUCGCUGUAGACAUAUUUUAUUUCGUUUAGUUGCAAUAGACCUUUUCGUGUAAGAGUUCGUCCAGGGAAGUACCGCCACCAUAUCUAUUUCUGCCGCCUAGCAGUAGGUAAUGUGUAAGUUGGUGAAACUGCAGGCACAUGGGACCUGUCAACUUUGUGUCUCAGGUCAUCAGGUCACCUGUCAAGGGUGAAGGGUGCAAGUGGCAGUGCCUCCAAAGAUCUUAGUAGUUUGUGCACUACGUCCGCUUCGCAUCAGGGGGUCUACUCUCGAUCUCCGUCCGAAAUAAUUACUGCCAAAUAAGCAAUACUUGAUCAAAUGAAAAGACGCGUGAUGCGAAUGAAGCUUCACACUGGAUACUUGUCUUUUAAUUUUGUUGAAUAUUACUUAUUUGACAGUUAUUGUUUUGGACGGAUGUCGGACAGAGAUCGAGAGAAGACCCCCUGUUCCGCAUCCGAGAAAUGACGUUCCGAAAUAUCACAGGGAUAAUUUUAUCUCUAGUUGUACAAGCGAUACUCGUAUUUUCUCGGAUUCGAAACGGACUUAGUUCACAAGCGACGUCUGAAGUGGGUCCGAGUUUUCUAGAUUUGUGUAGUCUCGGAUUCCGAACAAUUACGUAUCGGUUGCAGUGUGCAAGAGCGCUAAGAGUGUCUAUCAUAAAAUAAAAAAACGAAUGUGAAUAUGUCAUUGUCUAAUGAAAACCAGCGCCACACCCAAUUACGGCUGUGUCAUAUGCUGAGUGAAGUGAAUGAAGUCCUUUUGAAGCGGACGCCACAACCACACACGUGACAGUACAACAUUUGUAGUCGUUAUAUUUAGUUUCUUUUUUGCUUUUUGUUUGUUUUGUCUUAUUUUUUUAUAUUUUAAUUUUGUUAAUUACGUCUUUUUAUUUUG